AUGCCAAGUACAUCAUCUGCUACAAUUAGUAAGUCAAGUACAUCUGCAACUACUCUUACUACUGGUAAUAAUGAGCCAAGUCUCUCUGGUACAACAUCCGAGUGGCUAAAACAAAAACUCGACUCAAUAGAGUGGCACAUGCCUACUCAAGAAGGUCCAACGCCCAUGAAAUAUACCGGGCCUAUUUCAGGCUUCAAAGAAAUAUACUCAGGUAUUCUUGCUAAUGCUUCGCCAAUAGACUAUUUCGAUUUGUUUAUGACUAACGAAAUUAUUCAGCAUAUUGUAGACCAAACGAAUUUAUACGCCACGCAGCAACUACUGUCAAAUGAUAUUCCUUCAGGUUCUAGGCAACAUGCCUGGGUUCCUGUUACCUUGGAUGAAAUGAAAAAAUUUCUCGCACUCAUUGGUUGGAUGGGAUUGGUGAAGCUGCCAUCGAUAAAAGACUACUGGCGCGUUCAUAAGCUCUACAAUAUUCCAUUAGCACGAACUGUAAUGCCUAGGAACAGAUUCGAGUUGCUUCUCAAAUUUAUUCACUUCUCAGAUAAUACAUUAGCUGACCCAAGUGACCGACUUUACAAGUUGAGAGAUAUACUUGACAAGUUUAUAAAUAACUACAAGAAAACAUACACACCGGGAGAAAAAAAUAUGUGUCGACGAAUCGCUGAUACCUUGGCGCGGACGACUUUUGUUUAG